UGUCUCACCAAAGCGGCUGACAGACCAUCUCUUGGAACGAGUGGAAUAUUCUAGGAAAGUUUCCAACAUCACGGAUGCUACCUGAGUUCUCUAAUCCCUACAUAAACCAACGUGACACCCUAUGUUACAAAAAUGUCAACUUGGGACCGGAGAGAUUUUCUUUGUAGCAUUAAGGGCCUAAUCUGCUGCUGCGAAGCACUGUAACCACUGGCCUGCCAGUUCCUGUUCUGUGUGCUUGAGGGACUCUUUCCGAAAUCAUAUCAACAACAUUAAAGGACCAAUAAUAAGCAAGUACUUGGUUAACCUACCCGUCUGCUCAAGUACUUCUACCCACAGACCAGUCGCACGUGUGCUGUUUAGGCUGUGUCAAUCACACACGCCCACACUCAAAGAAUUUAAAACACACAGCCCGCUCCAGCACCCACACAGUCACAGCAAAUAUGGCCCACAAGCUGGCCACCUUUGGCAAAAUCCUGCUGCGUCGCCGGGCAUUGGACUGCUCCGGUGAAGAGACCAGAUUCGCCCGCUGCCUAUCCACCCUGGACCUCAUCGCCUUGGGGGUCGGCUCCACCCUCGGCGCUGGUGUCUACGUCCUCGCCGGUGAGGUUGCCCGAGAAAAGGCGGGACCGGCCAUUGUCCUCUGCUUCCUCAUCGCUGCUCUGUCCUCCAUGUUGGCCGGCCUGUGCUAUGCUGAGUUUGGCGCCCGUGUCCCCAAAACAGGCUCUGCGUACCUUUACAGCUACGUGACAGUGGGAGAAAUCUGGGCCUUCAUCACAGGGUGGAACCUCAUCCUCUCCUAUGUGAUAGGUACGGCCAGUGUGGCCAGGGCGUGGAGCUCAACAUUUGAUAGCUUGGUUGAGCAAAAGAUCUCUGGCUUCUUCAAAGCUUCCAUGACUAUGAAGGUGCCAGGCAAUGUGCUGGCAGAUUACCCGGACCUGUUCGCCCUCAUCCUGGUCCUGCUGCUCUCUGGACUUCUGGCCUUCGGUGUGAACGAGUCUGCUCUGGUGAAUAAGAUCUUCACGGGCGUCAAUCUGGUGGUCCUGGGCUUCGUUAUCAUCUCCGGCUUUGUUAAGGGGGACUCGGCCAACUGGAACCUGACGGAGGAAGACUACGUCAGCUACAUAAACAGCUCCAACAGCACUCAGACUCUCAAAGUUGAUGAGGAGUUCGGCGUGGGCGGCUUUGCUCCGUUUGGUCUGACUGGAGUCCUGUCUGGUGCCGCCACCUGCUUCUACGCCUUUGUGGGCUUUGACUGCAUUGCAACAACUAGCGAAGAGGCAAAGAACCCGAUGCGCUCCAUUCCUGUUGGCAUCGUGGCCUCGCUGCUGAUCUGUUUCUUCGCUUACUUCGGUGUGUCCGCCGCUCUGACGCUCAUGAUGCCGUACUACCAGCUGAACAGACAGAGUCCUCUACCCGAGGCCUUCAGCUACGUCGGCUGGUCUCCCGCCAGAUACAUCGUGGCUGUGGGCUCCCUCUGCGCUCUGUCCACCAGUCUCCUAGGCUCUAUGUUCCCGAUGCCCCGCGUGAUUUACGCCAUGGCGGAGGACGGCCUGCUGUUCCGUAUUUUAUCCAGGAUGAACGAACGCACAAAGACGCCUCUCCUGGCUACCAUCGCUUCUGGUGUUGUUGCAGCUCUGAUGGCCUUCCUGUUUGACCUGGCAGCACUGGUGGACCUCAUGUCUAUUGGAACUCUGUUGGCGUACUCUUUAGUGGCCAUCUGCGUCCUCAUCCUCAGGUACCAGCCCGGCAGACUGAAUUCCUCCAGCCAGACGGAGAAGCUGGUGGAGAUGGUGGAAGGGGAGAAGGUGGCCGUGAGCGGAAGAGACAGUGGUGACGAGUAUGGCAUGGAGACGGAGGAGAAACCACUUCGGGAGACUUUCACCCUCAAGCUGCUCUUCUGCCCGAGCGGAAAGCUCCCAACGCAGACGUCCGGGAACAUCGUAUACGCCACCACUGCUACAAUCUCCAUUUUUAUCACUGUACUCUGCGUUAUCCUGGCUAACUGUCUCGGAGAGCUGCUGGCCGGACAUGCAGCCGUCUUGGUGCCAUGUGUCAUCUUGACUUUACUCUGCGCAGUCUGUGUCGUCAUCAUCUGGAGGCAGCCCGAGAGCAAAGAGGCUCUCACCUUCAAGGUCCCUCUGCUCCCCUGGUUGCCGCUGUUCAGUGUUUUCGUCAACAUCUACCUCAUGAUGCAGCUGGACCAAGGAACAUGGUUGCGCUUCGCCGUCUGGAUGCUUAUCGGUUUCGCCAUCUAUUUCUUCUAUGGUAUUAAGAACAGCAGCGAAGCAGCCAGAAGGGCGUCCCCACGCAAAUACGAGCCCGCGCUGCAGACCAAGAGCCCUAUCUACAAGGGUGCUCCCGACGACAGCGACGUGGAAGGAGGCAGCAGCCCAUGAUACUCACUGCCGUAGACCUGGGGGGUGUUGCCAGAGCAUCUACACACGUUUUGGUAGCGAGGUUGAACUGGCAGCCAAAUGCUGCGAUGUAGGCGGCCUGGAGCACAGCCCUGGGUGUAAAGGGAGAAGAGGCAAGAAAGCGCCACACACACACAUCUUACCUCUGACUCCGAGGCUGAUUAACUUGAUGGCUAGACACUGUGACAGCCACUCUGGCCCAUGUGUCUGUUUCAAUCUGUCUAUUCGUACUUAGCCUUAGCCCACUGGGAGAUAUUUACCUUCCUAUAACAUGCUUUCGAUGGACCUAACUAACAAAGUUUACUGCGGCGCACCUGAAGCCGUUAACUGGAAGAAUCUUACAUUUGAACUGUUUUCUUCUUCGCCACCACUCUGUUACUGAUGCGCUAUAGAGCCACUGGGCUACUAGAGCUGCUAUCACUAAAUGUUAUGAGUUGAGCUAGUGCAGUUACAAUCGUCAAGACACUUGGAUCCGUUAGUUUCACCCCCACAAUGUGCGAGAGCCUUUAGUACAGUUAGUGUCUAGUUUAUUGUUCCUUUGUUCAUUCCACCAUCCUGGUUGUUUGUGUCUUAACAAGCCGGCACUGAGGCUUUACAGCGUCAGUGGGGUUAGCUCAGUCGCACAAAGACGAUGUUGAAUGUCAUCACACUGUACGGUUCAGUGUCCAAGGCUGAAGUACACGCUUUACAGAGCACCCGCUCCCAGAGAACAGCCGUGCAGUGACUGUAUACGGCACCUUUUUAAAGUCAUAUUAAAUGAGUUGCUUAUCUUAAAACAUGUAUUUCAUAUCUACUGUGUUUAAAUGGUAUUUUAUGGCUUUCAUUGUAACGUGAUCCAGAAAAAACUAAAGGUUUUUUCGUUAAGAUUUGUAAUAGCCAAAAGGGCAACAAACUAAUUUUCUACCCUUUUUAAAGGGCCAUGACCUCCAGGAAUUAAACUAAAAUCUGCAAAUCAAGUCACAUGAUUAAACCUCUGCUCUGCUGUCUGAUAUUAACUGAAGUGAAAACCACAUCCAUCUCCAAAUCAUGCUUUCAUACAUUUUUUUGCCAAUAUUUGGUUUGAUAUGGGUAUGUUAAUAAUUUGCAUGGCUGUACCCAGAUAUUUCCGCAGAUCUGGGGAGGGUUGAUCAGAUUUGCACUUAAUGAGGUCAUUAAUCCCAUAAAAAAUUCUCCUGACGGGCAUUACAUUUUAAUUAAUAUAAUCUGUCCACUUUUGGUUGAUCUGGGAGCUGGGGAUUACUUCUGAACAAGGGGGUCUGUUUUUCAUCACCACUAAAAUGUUGCAUUCACUUUUUACUUGUGAGGAGACGCACAAAGGUUCUCGUUUAGUUUUAAUUUGCACUAAAUAAGAAUUCAAGAGUUCCCAUCCCUUUCAUUGUAUUCAUCCGUGUUUUAAUUUGAAUACUUUAUUAACUUCUACUGAUAGUUCUGUUAAUAUUCAAAUGUCUAUAGUAUUGUUUGUUUGGGAUAGCUUUUCUUCUUUGUUUGGCCUUUCUCAUAUCCAUCUCAAUCAAAUGGAUAUGCUUUUUAGAUGUUAAUGUAUUUUGAUUGUUACAUGUACAGUUUUUAGCUGAUAUUUUUUUUAGUGUUUAUUUGUUUCCGCUAUUGUUGCAAAUAUCUGGCAUCACCAACUGUUUUAAUCCUAAAUCUUUCAGACCAAAUUAACUCGUUUUUGAAGUGAGCUUUCCGUUACAAAUGACCACUAAAAUUGGUCUCUAAAUUGUGUAAUAUAUAUAUAAAAAAGAAAUGUUUGAACUCCAACCCUCUGGAGUCGUAAUAACUUAUUGUUUAUAGUAUUCUUUUUUGUUUUUCUAGUAAACUGCUUUACUGUAUAUUGUACAGUAUUUGUUCAAAAUUGUCUCUUUUUGUAUGAUUCUGUAUAUUAUACAAACACACUGUUUUAACAUAUGACUUUCAGAAUGAUUUGGAAAGAAUGUUUUAUUUGUAAAUGACACUAAAUGCAUUUCAUUUCAUAAUUAAUGCUGCGGAAAUCCCUUUUUAUUUAGAUAAAAAUGGUCCAGGUGGAUACAAUAUUCAGGCAUUUGUGUACAUGUUGUCUGCAAACAUCUUCACUGUUGUUGCUUAUGAAUUGCUCCCACCAUUUUUAGAUUUGUAAAAACAUUCACAUAUCAAAGUUUGUGGAGAAGGGAGGUAAAGAGAAGGUAGAUUUGGAUUUAAUUGGGACUCAAUAACUUGCUGCCUAAAGAGCCAUCCUUCUGCCUGAGAAAGACACAGGGGCUGGUGAAACAAAGAGUCCAGCUGUAUCUCAGAAACUAUUCAAAUAUUUAAAUACUUUCACCGGAGACUUGAACUCCGCCUGCCACUGAGAUCAUUAAAGGUUAUGUGGCUCCUCCUGUCACAGAGAGCUCUUCAAACUCAGCCCUCGUGCCUUUCCACAAUUGAUAUCAUCAGCUCCCCUCUUCAUUGCUAUAUCAUUAACAGUUAUGAUCUAUUUUUCUCUUUGUUUUAUAUCCUGUACAUAUGGCUGUCAUGUAAAAAAAAACAAGCUGUAUUUUCAAUGUUUUUUUUUAAAUAAAAUAAUUCAUGCUUAUG